AGCAGACAGCUGAACAUGAGCACCUCUGCUUUCCCACCAGCACGCAUCCGCUGCCUCCGAUCUCACGAAUCGAGGCAUCCGGAGGAAGCGCAUUUGAGCUCGUGAGCAGUGCAGCAUUGAGUGCAUUGUCUUCCCCUCCACGCCCACUUGCGUCUUCUCGAGCAGCAACUAGUCGCCUCAGUCGCACCGGCUCGGUUGGCCGAGAGGCUCGACGCCAGUCUCUCAGCAUGUCCUCCGCGCCAUCUGGCUCGACUGCUGGGCGAGCCUCGCCUUCGCUCUUUGAUGGUUUGCCGGAACACGACGAUGUGACCAGCAUUCGCUACUCGGCCUUAACGUCGUACUCGACGACGUCGCAAAUGGGACCGUCUUACGAAGGUGCGCAGUCGCAAAUGCGCUUGCUGCCGCUCCGAAAAAUGCUUGCGCGGGUUAUGGACGAGGCGGAAGUCGGCUGCGUCAAUAUUUCCAAUCAGCUCGAUGAGCUGGUGGACAAGGAAGAGUGGGAGCUGCUCAAGGAAAUGUACUCUCUGGAUGGAGCACUUGCUGUUGCAGGGAUGGACGCAAAGGACUCGCUGCUCGAAGGUGUUAGCACCUCUAUGGAUCCUGCCGCUGACCUUCAAAGUGAACUCGACGCACUCUCAAGGCCGACAAGCAGCGCUUCCAAGGCAAAGCGCCUGUCGCUGCUGUCAAGCUCAAGCCUCCUAGAUGCGGAGACUGCCGUAAGCCCGCAAACUAUGCGCUCUGGGUACAAGCGGUUGUCUUUGCUGGCAAAUGGAACCAAAUCGAUCGAGUCGCCGGCCACGUCACCUGCCGCAGGGACGAGCGCCAGCAAGCGCAGCUCGGUCAACCUAGAAGAUCCGCUGCGCACCAGCUCGAGCAUUGCCAGUUGCGGUCGCGGCACCCCCUCCCUGGAUGCUCAGCGCCGCACCGGUGUUGGGCGUCUUGCAUAUGUGCACUCCGAUACACCAAGCAACGGCACCGACACAAAUUACUCAAAGCGACUGAGCUAUUCGUCAUCUACCACCUCCGCAGCAUCUUUCGGGAUCAACAACUGGGCUGCCUUAGGGGCGGGGAAUGCUUCAGUCGCGCUCAGCCAAUUAGCGCCGUUUGGAGACUUGUCCUUUUCUCGUGAUCGCGCCUCCUCUCCGUCCAUGCUCGGCCGGGUCAGCCCAAUUCCUGGCACAGGCGGGACGUCACUGAGUCGCGUGCCGUCACAACGCUCAGGCGUUGUCAUGCAACAACCUGAAAAGUCAGCUAAUUCAAUCGAUCCACUUUCCAUCGCCGGCCUGCAGAUGCGGCACGAGCAUGUGCAUCGUACGCGACGCAAAAUGCUUGUACGUCUGCUUGCUCUUCAUUUUGAUGCAGAUGCAAGCUACUGGAGGGACGCGCGCGGGCUGGUGGCAUCAGCAACGGAUCUAUUCGCAUUGCUGUCCAAGGACGUUGUGAAGGAGUUGCGCGCCGAAAUGGGGCUAGACGCAGCCGGAAAAAACGCUACGGAUAGUUCUCUUCUCAAGCCCCCGUCGCAGGCCAAGGUCGGCGAUCUAGAAGGGCAUCCUGCCUUGGAGGAUCGACUGAACACGAUGGGUAUCCUGCUGCGCUCCAUUCAGCUGAAGCUCCGAGCUUGUGCGAGGGACUUGCACGUGAAAAACCCACCUGAGCUCCAUGGCUAUGACGCAGACACGAUUGUUAGUCUAAGCAGCCACCAAUCAGGCCUCAGCGGUACUUCGUCAUGGCAGCCAACCGAGACGAUGUUCGAGAGCAUCAAGGAGGAUCUACUAAGUCUUUCUGCCGAAUGGGAAGGCGGUUUGAACAUUUUCAACAAGGAGCUCAAAUGCAGCGCCAGCCCCAAGCCACCACCUGCGCCCAGCAGCAGUUCGCCUCGUCAUCCUGUCGCUGGGCCUCGAGAGUUUGAGUCGCCGCAAGAGGCUGAUGAAGAUGCAUGGCAGGAGCAGGACCAGGGAUUGACUGGUGUUAUCACCAUGGAAGAUUCUUCGCCGCUUGCUGAUCACGACCUGAUGGACCUCGUGAAGCAGUCAACCGACCCGCAGUAUCUGCCGCCCCCUGGCCUGGAACAGGUCUUCGAAAGCAUCGCUGGUCUUGUCGACUUUGAUCCAGCUAGCGCCAAGGUGGGCCUUUCGCGGGACGAGCGUAUCGCUCGGGUAAGGGAACAGAGGGCCAAAAAGCUUGCAGAGCAGCAGUCGCAGCCGAAGCCUGCAGAUGGCGCUGGAAAGACAGUCGUCAUAUCAGAGCUGAAAGAUGUGAUCGCACAGAUCAAGCAGAAGCGCCAAUUACCGGCGUCAGAGGACCAAGAAAAGAAGCUUGGGUCUCCGCUGGAAAUCGACGACCCAGUCAUCCAACAAACUGGCCGAUUUUCAAGUCUCGCGUGCGAUGUACGUUCUGGCAGUCGAAGCGGCUCGACGUCAGCCUCUACAACUCCAGAUCUAAUGCAAUGGCCCAUGCAGAACGCGGCGUCGUUCCCACAGCCUAGCAGCCGGCUCCGUACGCCAUCUUCCGGCAGCGAUUCAAUGGGGAAGAGCAGCCGGCGCCAAAGCCAAGCGAUCAAUGGGCUUGUCAGCGGCGUCGGGAGCGAAGUUUAUGGCACGUGGGACCCGAGCGACACCACGCGGUCGACCUUGCUUGAAUCUGUGUCUGAAGGCACAGAAUCCCAAUCCGUAGAGGUGACGCCAACAACAGCUGUUCACAAUCUUCCUCGAACCAAACCAAGCCAAACGGGUGUUCCAUCGGGCAUCCCCGUGUCGACCUCGAGUACGUCGAUGAAGUCUGCCUCUUCGGCCGUGUCCUUCGGCCCAGCCAACAGCCACAGUUUGGCACAGGUGAUGAAGCUUUCGCAUAAUGCUCGCGCUGGCUCGCGGCACGUACAUAGAAUAGGCAGUGGACCGAGCGUCGUCAGAAGAGAUAGUCUGGAUGAUGCUCAGCCGGCUCAGCAGCCGCAGCUACAGCCGCAGUCGCAAGAGUUGCAGUCACUGACGGGCCAACAGGCCCAGAGACCGGUACCGGUUGGUAGCGCGUUCUAGAAAGGCAGCCACACUGCUCGACCUUUCGAUCCUUUCACUUCAUGGAGACGCAUCAAG